AUGAAAGGAUUCGCCGUAAUUGCCGCGGUGGUACUGUUUGCCUGUCUUGUCACUAGCCAGAGCAACAACUAUUACUGGGGCGUUCGAGAUCCGCGUGACGUUCUGCUCAAUCGCACGAUUGCGGUCCGUUCCGGAACGAUUCUGCAGGUGAAGUCGAUUGAUCUCGUGUAUCCGUUAAAGGGGCAGCUGGGACGUAACAUUUCCGCCAUUACCGUGCUUGACCAGUACAUUAAUGGAAAUGGCGGGUACGCCAGCUUGUACGCUGGCGGCAUCGGCUACAACUAUACGACGGUGCACCUGAAAUCGCAACGUGGCCAUGGGUACAACUUUAUUGUGGAAAUUUACGGCCGAUAG